UUCCGGCAUUCCCCGCGCGCGGCUGCCCCGCCCUGCUGUGAGGACGCCGGUGCUGUUGGCGCGGGAGGGGCGGCGAGAUGAGCAGGGUGCGGGCGGACGAGGAGGAGUACUGGCACAGCUCCAAGUUCCGGGCCUUCACCUUUGACGAUGAGGAUGACGAGCUCUCGCAGCUAAAGGAAUCCAAACGGGCAGUGAAUAGUCUUCGGGAUAUUGUCGAUGAUGAUGAUGAUGACCUUGAGAGGGUCAGCUGGAGUGGAGAACCUGUGGGAAGUAUCUCCUGGUCAAUCAAAGAGACAGCCUCUGGCAGCACUAGUUCCCUGGAUGGCCGAGACUCCAGCCUACAGAAGGGCUCUUCCUCCUAUGCUGCUCUUCCCAAACAAGCUUCUUCCUACUCUCUAAGCAGUCUGUUCAAAGGACGGAACAAACUCCCAAGUUUUCAGUCCCUCUCAGAUGCCCUCACUGACACAGGAGUUAAAAGCUAUGCCCCAGAGCUGCGCAGAUCGAAAGCUGAGUACAAGGCCUUUGGAGGCAGAAAGCUGAAUUGCAACCACUGGCUUGGGUCUCACAAAGACCUAGAUGACUUUCUGGAUUACAGCAGUGACUGGAGCCCCAGAGAUACAGUCAGACGAAUGCAGAGGGGCAAGGUCUGCUCUCUAGAGAGAUUUCGCUCCCUGCAGGACAAGCUGGUGCUCUUGGAUGAAGCUGUGGCAGGGCACGAUGGGAAUGUCAUUACAGCUGUCCUGAUAUUCCUGAAACGGACACUAAGGAGAGAAAUCUUGUUUCGGGAGCUGGAGGUGCGGCAGGUGGCCUUGUGCCAUCUGAUCCAUUUCCUCAGAGAGAUGGGUGAGCAGAAGUUCCUUCUGGAUCUGCUCAGGUUCUUAGACAGGACUGAGGAAGUUGCUCUGUCUCAGUACCGGGAGCAUUUGAACAUCCAGGAUGUAGAAAAAAGGAGGGAAUUUCUGAAAGGUUGCAUUGGGCUGCCAUUUUCAGCUGAGGAUACCUCUCACAUCCAAGACCAUUUUACCCUGUUGGAGCGACAGAUCAUUAUUGAGGCUAAUGAUCGGCACUUGGAGACGGCUGGGCAGUCAGAGCUAUUUCGGAAAUAUCCUCGCAAGGCUUCAAUCCUCAACAUGCCACUAGUGACCACCCUCUUCUACUCCUGUUUCUACCACUACACAGAGGCUGAGGGAAUGUUCAGCAGCCCCACCAACCUGAAGAAAACAUUUAAGAUUCCUGAUAAGCAGUAUGUGCUGACUGCCCUGGCUGCCCGUGCCAAGCUGCGGGCUUGGGGUGAUGUGGAUGCCCUCCUCACCACCAAGAACUGGCUGGGUUACACCAAGAAGAAGGCACCUAUUGGCUUCCACCGGGUGGUGGAGAUCUUGCAGAGGAACAAUGCUCCUGUGCAGGUGCUGCAGGAAUAUGUGCGCCUGGUGGAAGAUGUGGAGACCCGGCUGAACCUCGCUACCAAAUACAAGUGCCAUGAUGUUGUCAUAGAGACCUACCGGGAUCUAAAGGAUCGUAUCCAGCUGACAGCAUAUAAAUGCAAGGUGGAGCGGGGCUCUGCAGAAGAAGAGAAGAUACACAGCAUUCUCAGCAAUGUGCAAAUCCGGUGGAAGAACUGAACACCUGUGAAACAGCUUGUUUGGCUGUCACCAUGUCACUGAAAGAGAGAACUGCAAAACCCAGUCCAGUGCCAACAGAGGAGCUCCGUUACUACUCAUUGCAUGAUCAACGCUCAUCGGUGACAGUGGGUGCCCGUGGCUUGUGGGACUGUGACAUUCAGGCUGCUUGAAGACAGCUACUAAAAUGUAGCUGGUGAAACCAUGGUACUGAUCCAUCAGGGUUGAUUCUUUUUGGAAUCUUUGAUGUGGCUGUAAGCCAGGCAUCACUUGUGUGUGUGGAGGGAAGUUGCUGGGCACAGCAAGAUGAAUGUUUGCUCUGGGUGGUGCCUGGGCUUAUUCUUGCAAGACGAAUGUGUCAGUCACACUCUGGAGUCUUGCCACCAGACAGUGCUGACCAGUCCCUGUAACAGUCAAGCUGGCUUGGGCAUCACUAAUCAUGGUUGUGGCUGGAGUAAAACCUACCUGCAACAUGUUCUCCCUGUGUGAAAGUGCUGGGGGAAAGGACCAGGACCAGUUGGACUUUUUUUUUUUUUUUUUUUUUUUCUUUUCCUGUUUGUUCUGGCUCACACUAGGAAAAGAGGUGUGUGAACUCCUGCAGAGAGCCAGGACAGCAGCCACUGCCAGUAAGUAUCCUUCUGCUAGCGCUCCACAGCAUUUGGAAGAUCCCUUUACCAGGAAAACACGUAGUGUGGAGGUGGUCAGAGUCCUUAUGGGUUGGAUGGAGAGCAAGCAGGGACCUCUCUCAGUUGACACAAACCUGCUGGCUCCAGCAGCUAUUUUCUCAGAAAGUGUUAUGCCAGGAAGGAUGGAAAUGCACUUUCUUAGAAACAUAACUCCUCAGGCAGCUGCUGGCUUCAUCCUUUCAGACCUCACUUCAAUUCUGUAAAUAAAGCUGUCUCUUUCUC